AGUAAUAAAAACAUUAGUAGCAAUCAAAAAUGUUUGUCCUUGAUAGUAACGAGUAGGGGCCUGGUGCAUCAUCGACACUGAUUUAGAUAGAAAUGUCAAACAAUCAUACAUUUCGUUUUAUUUUUUGCUAUAAAUUAGAAUUAUGUUUUACAUGAUAAAUCUAAACACUAAAAACAAUGGGUUGUUGGCACACAAAACAUGAUAUCAACGAUAGACAUCCAAAUAUAUUUAAAGUAAUGAAUGUGGAUGAACAAGGACAAUUAGUAAGUCCUGGUCAAUUAGAAUUAACAGACACCGAAAUGGUUUUAUAUCAAAAGGGUAAAACAUCCACAAAAUGGCCAUUAGCAUACAUCCGACGAUAUGGUUUUGAAUCAGAACUAUUUAGUUUUGAAUGUGGUCGUCGAUGUCCAACUGGGCCUGGUAUAUAUGCAUUUCGAUGUCGACGUGCUGAAUUAUUAUUUAAUUUACUACAAGAGCGUAUCGCAUUUCAACGGACUACCCAACCAGAAGACAAUUCUACUGUACAACAACAUGCUAAUGAAUUUCCUAUUCCAUUAAUAACAUCAGGGCCCGCAGUACCAAUUAGACCAUCGUUACCAGAUACAACGGGGUAUUUAGAACCAUUAACAACCACAAGCAGGGUUAUAACACGCACACAAAGUACAGGAUUUCCACGAUUAAAUUCAAUAUCAAGUAAUGGACCACCAACAAGCCCACCAUUACCGAUCACUCCUCCAUUAGUUUUAUCACCAGAACCUGUGGCAGCACCACCUCCAAUUGAACAUAACAACAACAAAAAAUCAAGUUUAACGCUGGAUCAUUCUUAUUCCAAUACAGUUCUUCCUCCAGUUUUAAACGAACAUGAAAUAAACUCUGGUGGUCAAUAUAUGAAUGUGGAUCAUGUUCCUCCAAUAUCACCAUCACCAAGUAUAACAAGUGAAACAUAUUCACAAUUUACAAGCGAAAUGGUUACUAAUUCACAUUUAUAUAUGAAUAUAACACCUGGUGACUUAAGUCCUGUAUUAACAACACCACCAACUUUGGUAAGCACCAAAUCAAUUGAAUUUAUGACACCAAAUGAAUUACCAACAAUGGUCGCAUCGUUACCAUUACUUGAAGAAGAAGAUCAACGACAUUGUUAUGCAAAUUUAGAAACAGAUGAAAUUGAAGGCCUACGAAAUAGUUUAAAAACAUCCGAUACAAGUAACAAUCUUUUAACGACAACUGUUGUGAAUACACGUGAAGUUGUUUACGCCAUAUUAGACUUAGAAAAUAAUAAAACCAAAGAUGAACAAGCUAUUGUAGCGACACCACAAUCGUCCACACAAAACUUUUUAAGUGUGACAACACCGGACAGUCCAAAUAAGAUUAGAGCAAAAGGUUACACAAUUAUCGAUUUUAAUAAAACAGAAGCGGUCUCACAGAUUGCAAAACCAAAACAGGAUUGUGAAGGUUCACGUAAAACCAGACAUAAUUCGACGAUUAGUGAGCUAGGUGGUGGACAAGGUGCUACAUGUGUACAAGCAACUGCACGUCAUAGUAGCUCGUUAAGUGAUUAAAAAAUAAACAAACACAACGAACUUUUAUUAACUUAUUUAUCACUGAACUCAUUUAUUCAAUUCGAAAUUUAAUCAGGGAUUAAGAGCGCAAAUACACAAAAGAUUAUGUUUAGUCAUUCGCCGAAUGUUUUACGAAACACGCAUGACGAUAGUUUAGUUUUGUACUCUCUGCACACUGGCAAAGCAAAUCAUUUUUGGCAUACAAUUAGUUGUAUUUUCGUUGGGAAUUUCAACUAUUUCCUAAAAAGAUGUUUAAAUUGAAUAUACACUCAAAACCUUAAUCCAGAGUCCGACUGAUAGGUUAGGUUAGAGUGGCUGUCCUGAGGCGGGGCACAAUUAGACCAUAAGGGUCGUUGUGAUACCAAAAAAGGGGUUGAAGGGUUGACCCAUCGCCGACCACUAAUCUAUGAACCAUUUGGAGGUGUUUAAGAACAGUAGGAGUGCUUUGACGUCAACGGAUUUCAGGUCGGAUAAGUCGUUAAAGAAAAGAUGGCUCAAGUGACUCCAACCCCUAAAUAAAUCAUGCGCACCAAAAAUUGAUUUCGCUUAAAUAGCUGAAUAUUCUUACUUACUCUGAUAUAAAUGCGCUGUAAUUAAUCUGAUUAUUAAAACAUUCGAUUCAAUUAAUUAAUUACUGGUGCUUUUUCCCCAAAAUGAGUUCAGUGUUCCGUUUGAUUUAAUAUUUUCAAAUAUUUAUAAAAAUAAGAAAUCAUUGUAAUUAUGGUACUAAAAAUUAAUUAUUAUUUACAAAGUAAUAUGAGAGAAAGGAGAAGCGGAAAAAAAAAUUAUAGGAAUAUUCUCUGUGAUGCUUUAUCAUUUUAUUACUGUACAAAAUUUGUAUGUAGGAUCAAGUUCGUCACAUGUAUCACAAAGGUCAGUAAUUUAAAUAGAAGUGCAUUAAUUAGAUCAAAGAUCUCGAGUACAAAACAAAGAAGUUUUUUUUUUUUUAAUUAGCUUAAAAAUUUCUUUUUGUUACCUACUUUUAAUUAUUCAUGAUUAUAUCGACUCGAUUUUUUUCAUAGAGAUAAUAUCAUAGAGCUGUAUAGACAUAGGAAACCUAAUAAGUGAAUUCUUGACCUCAGUGAGAGAGGUAGAAAGGUACAAAAAUUGUGGGCGUAUAAGAAACAUGAAGACAGCUAUACGCGCCUACUUUAUGUCUUAUCUGUCUCUCUACAGCUUUACACACCUACUUUAUCUUAUCUCUCUCUACUGCGAGCAAUCGUUAGGCAACUACUUUGAAGCUCUAUGGUAUUAUCUCUAUGUUGUUUUUUUUUAUAUUUAAAUCUCUUUGAAAUAUAUAUUAUAUCGCCUAAAGCUCAAACUUUUUAUAUUUUAACUGACUGUUUCUGAUUAACUGCAGGCAGUAGCUUUCAAAUGUUAAUGUGAUUAUAAAAGAUGCCUCAAAAUUAAGUAACAUAUUAAUUGAUUCAUUAUUAAAUAUCAACAGUAAUUUAUAGGCAAUUUUAUUACAGAUAUGAUAUAAAAUCAUACAAAUCUUUCAAUUCACCAAACAUAUAACUUAUUGAGGUUAUAAUAUUAAUUUAAUUAAGAAUAGCAUUUCAUAAAAAAUAUAACUCAUCUGGUUAUAAGAUGGGUGAACUUCGACCUUAUACCGUCUCUUGUAUGAAGGCUAUAUUAUCUGCGGAAUACAAUUCCAUAAAAUGACCAAUGCACUUUCAUUUAAUGAUGUGUUCACUAUCUUUCUUGAGCUUCGGAUCGCGUACUAUUAACAUACACUUUCCUUUUACCUUUAAGAAAACCCCGAAGUAAUUUAAGGACUUUAAUUUUAGUGAAUUUCCACUGUUUUCUAGGUGUUGCAAUUACUUGAUAGUGUAGUCUUUAAUUAAACCUCAAUACUUGAUGAAAAUGGUCUAAAAUUAAUACGAAGAUGUUGUAUAAUUUAAAAUACCACUUAAUUUUGAGACAGUCUUAUAUUUUUAAUUCCUUCGAGUUGCGGAAAGAUCUUGUAAUAUCUACUAAUAAGUGAUUAGUUUUUAAUAUUGACUAGACAUUUUAAUUUAGAAAUUCGAAUGGCAGCUGUAAAACUAGUCGUAGUCUACCGUUUAAAAUCAACUGUGAUAAGUAAACCAAAAACGUCUCAGAAUAUCAAACAAUAUUCAAAAAUCACAAAUCAAUACAAGUACGUUGACUUAAACGAAAUAUUUCAAAGCCAAUGCCGCAUCUAAUAUUUUGAGUUAAAAUGGCAACUUUAAAACAUAAUCGGAUUCUAUAUCGUGCCAAAAAUUGUUGUUCAACAAUUUUGACCUUAUAUUGAUGUCUCUUCGCUUGGUUUUCUUAAAAAAGAAACGCCAUUGUUGCAAAUUUAGACCGAUUGAAGUCACAAUCAGAAUAUUUUAAUCGCAUUAAAAUAGAAUGUCAAGUACUUGAU